AUGAAAAAAAAAGCACCAAAGCUCAGCAAGAAGGCUUUUGGCGCAAUUGGCCAGAGCAAGACCAGGAUCUCUGAAACAACUGAAGACUUCAUGGAUGAUGGCGCCAUUGAAGAAGAGUCCGGAGACCGUUGGCUAGGUUCAGAUUUGGCAAAGGCUUUAAGAUUUUACCAGAAAGCAUACAUCAGUUACAAGAGUGCUGUUGCAACUCCAACUUCGGACAGGGCCCUUUUACUAGAUGCUCAUUAUAACGCUGCAAGAUUGCUAUUUCAUGUAUUCAUCCAGUACAGCAAGACAGAUGGAAUCGAUGUUCACAAGUUGACUAAUGUCUGUGAGGUGCUAACUGGGGACGAUAAUAGCGUGGUUCAAAACAUAUCGACAAUUGUUGAAGCUCAUGAAAGGGCUCUUCAGGUUGAACCUGCAAAUCCUCCACUUGAUCUUCAGUAUAAUGCUGCCUUGGUAUACACAGAGGCAAUUGAAGAGGCAGAUGACGUCAAUGAAGAUCUUCUUUUGAAAGCUAUCAGCCUCUUUCAAGAAGUGCUACGUAGACAAGUUAUGGAGUUUCAGGACUUUCUUCAGUUCAUGCUCGAGCCUGAGCGACCCACAAGCUCAGAGGUUCCUUCGGAAGAUCAACAGUACUCAAGCAGCAAAACAACACAACCUCCUGACAUUAUUGAGACAAUUAUAUCAGCGUAUGGACUAGUUCAAGCCAUUCUUGAAAGUGUAACCUCUGCGCCAGGUCAGCUCGAAUAUGUUAUUUCAUUGGUGACUCCUUUUGUACAAGCAUUAGAGGAGGUUGCAUCAGAGACAACUGAGAAGUACAACGAGCAGAAUAAUCAUCAAGAGUUUGUUGCACCUCUUCAGCUCGACCAGAUCCACGAGUACCUUGUGGUAAAAACCACAUGUCAAGCACUCAGCACAAACUCGUACAAGGACGCUUGUUCAGCUUUUGAGCAAAUUGCUUUAAAUAUCCCUGAAUGGAAUAUGCUGGCGGCUGACUCCAUUGAUACUAUUCUUGAACGCCAUGAAGUGUAUCAGAAUCCACUGAAGGCAGGUGUCGCAGAAUACUGGGACGCUUUGACUAGCAUGAAUAACUUUCUUAAAAAGGCACAGGAGUUACUCAGUGCAAAGCUUCAGGAGACAAAGACGAAAAACUCCACAAAUACUGAGGUUGGAUUGGGAUCACUCAUAGCCCAAAUUUGUAAAGUCUUCAUCGCCAGGGCCGAUGUUGACUUGCAACGAAGCCAACUUGAACAUGACAUAGCAAAGGUGAAUAGUACGGUGCUUUUCAAUAAUGCAAAGGCAUUUCUUAAGAGUGCCAUCAACAUGAGCAAGACAUCAGGGGGCAUCAGAGAAAAAGUUGUUGAGAAAGCACAAAAAGAACGGCGCCGACAUGAGGCGUCUUCAAGACUUUGUGUUCUAGAGAGAGACUUCGAUGAAGAAGAGCUUAAUCGGACACUUGGAAAGGGCCAAUGGGAAAAUGACUUUGCAAACUACAGAGACUUGUGGUAUUUUCAAAAGUUCUUUCCAUGA